GUCACGUGUGAGAUAGCGCGGGAAGGAUCGAGCGGCAGUUACAAAGGAUUCUUCGAGCGAACGUCAACAACAAAAAUUUUCCGCUUAAAAAUUGAAUAAAAAUGGCAGAAAACACUUCGGAUAUGAAGAAAGAAUUACUACUUACUGAAGAAGAACAAGAUCAGACUGACGAAGACUGUCUAAGAAGGAACGAAUAAUGGAGUUGUUAUCAAAAAUGAAUGAUAAUAUUUGUGCACUAGGCGUAUCGCUAAACAAACGAAAACAUGAGAGCAUUGUCUCGGAUCAACCAAGCACAAACACGGCAAAAAGCUAAAAUUAGGGUACCCGGCAGGUAGGGAUUGCUGCGGGCAUUAAAAGCAAAUAGAACUACAGUAAACAGCACAAAUUAUAUCAAGCACAGUGACGAUUACUUGCAGCGACUAGUGAGCCGUGAAUGGAACUGAGAAGAAGCAAUAUAUAUUGAAGUAGCAAAGACCAGGGGUUAAAGGGAAAUCAGAGGUGACAGGUAUUAAACAUGUGCGUCUCAUUGACAUACAGGUAAAUUAAGAUCAGAUUUCAUAUCAAGUCUGUUUACUGCUAGGCACAUUUAUCACAUUAUAUACAUUAUAUACACACAUUUAUCACACUAAGAAACCAAAACUUUAUAAAAAUAUAGAACUGACACUGGCCAAAGUCCAAAACAAAUGUAAGCGUAACAUUAGAAUUGAAAAAGCUUUAGAAAUUCGAUCAAAAUUCGAAGAUUCGACCGAAUUUAAAAUUUGUGUUCUGCCCAUAGAAAGCGCGCACGACCACAAUUCCAUGCGCUAAAUAAAAUUUAGUUUAAAACCCCCUUUCUGCACAUAUUAGGCUGCUGCUACGCUCGCUCGCUUCAAGCUCGCUCGCUCCGCAGCAAUUAGCUCACUGUCUGAGCCUGUAUCAGACAACGAAUCUGACAGUGUUGCUCUGACAGUGUUGCUGGGAGACGCAGAGCAGGGACAUGAGUUAUAAUGAUCAUACCGUCUCGAAUGGUCAUAUAGAGCAGACGUGUCAUGGAGAGCUCCGAGAUUUUUGCUGAAGAUACUGUAGAACUCGAUUCUACGUUGCAAAAUCAUGUGAAAAAAACAGCUAAAGGGAAGCUAAAGUGGUCAGGAGAUUUUGAAUCACUUCAGGCAUUUAUCAAAAAAGGUUCGGGAGACUUUAAUGGGAUGUCGCCGCGAGGCGGUUGUAAGGACCUCAAACAUCCGAGCAUCACUUUGCGCUGGUAUGUCGAAUCGCAAAGUUUAAUAGUCGAUGGUGAGCAAGCUGAUGUUGUUCAAGACAAGCUCUUUUCGUCCGCCCAACAAAAUCAAGAGAUACUUGAUGAAAUGACGAGCGACGAAGAAUCAGAUAUACUCCACAACGACAGCGACAAUAAUGGCGGCGAAGGAAAAAGAAGUCAACACCCAUCGCACAGUCAUGACGACCAGUUGCACGAUUACGACGACUGUAUCGGCAGCGAACAAGAAAGAAGCCAACACAUUUCGUUACUUGAAGAAACAUUAAAAAGUUCGAAAAAGAAUUAA